GUUUGAAGCUUUAAGAUGCGUCCAGGCCUAUCAUUAACAAGCAGCAGUCAUGAGCAUGGAGGACUGCAAGACAAUGGUCGACAUCAUUAAGAAGGGUGCAUACAAGACUAAAAAGUCCUCUGUCAGAUCACCUGCAUGUCAUCCUCUAUAUCGACGCGCGAUACAUCCCACGUCGCGCCAUGAUCGUCCCAAAAAACUGCGCUGGCCGGAUUAUGUCACGCUGGUAGCGGUAUAUCCCACACAGGGUCUUCACAAGCGAUAUCUUAGCAUCGUCGAGGAGAAGUUUAGGACCUUGGAGCUCGAGAAUGCCUCGGACGCCUACUAUGAUGGUCAUCCGGAAGAUGAACAGGAAAUGAAAGAAUAUUUGGAAAUCGCCAAUAAUCAUGAAGAUUGGCUGCGCAUAGAUCCCAGUGAUGACGACAAGAAGGACAAAGAGAAUGACGAAGAAGAAGAAGAUGCUGAUGACAAUGAUGAGGAGAUUGAAGACGAAACUCAAAAAGGCACACUGGUCCCGAGCAUCUUGCCGCAGAAGCGAAAAGUCAGCAAUGAGAAGGACCAAGGUCAUGGUGAUCAAAUCCGUUUGCAAAAGCUAAGCUGGAUGGAUUUGACCCCUGAGGACCUUAAGGACUGCCAUAAUGGAGUGGUCACGAAGAAUGACAUUACAAUCACGCUGACCACAGAGGAGGAGCUGGAUAUAUAUCGCAGAGGAUUCGUUUCGAAGGACACCAGCAACGAGUCAUUGCGAGAGCAAACACCAAGAUCGAAAAGCACUCCCCAAUCAGGAACCAAGCCUGACCUGAAGGGCACGUCAUAUAAGAGCAGCGGCGAGAAGCCGAUCAUCGACUCGAAGAAAAGGUCGACUGAGAGUCGGAAUAACACGCUGACCAAGGAUAAUGCCAAGGAAGCUACACCCGAAGUGAGGAACGCAUCGCCAAAGAGAACCGGUGCAAUGAUGCAAGCUUUUGCACAGAUGGCGAAGACUGAUUCAGCAGUGAAGGUGCCGGCGUCUGCGAAGACCAAUGCGACAGCUGAGAAGGUGGCACAGAACAGCAGCUCAGCAGAUCAAGAGGCGCGCAUCAAGGAGUUAGAAAGAGUCAUGAAGGCUGGUCAGAAUGAUCACCAGAUGAUCAUGAAGUGCAUGGAGCGAUUGGAGAAGAACCAAGAGAUGAUUAUGAAAAAGCUUGAUGAGAAUGGAAAAGCGGAAAGGGAUCAUCAAAGUAAAAGAGAGGAGUCAGACGCUGGAGUCCUCUGGUUCAUGAAGGCUUUAGUAGAAAGCAGGGCUGAAGGAGGUAGAGAGGAUUCCGCAGAGAAGGAAUGA